GUGCUCAUAAGCAUUCAAGCAUUCGGUUCGUUCGCAUUUCUUCUCUAUCUUAUAUAAUAUUAUAUUUUCUCCUAAAUCAAUUUUUUCACUACCAACAACAACAACAAUAAUAAAAACUUAACUAUUCUCAACUCGCGUCAACCUCACUUAACCUUUACCACUAAGCCUACAACUACAACUGCAACUAAAACUACAACUACAACUAAAGCUAUACUUUCUGUAUAAACAUUUUUUUUGACUCGAUAAAGUUUUUUUUUCAAAUUGUUUCCGAACAACAAAAAAAAAAACCAAACAACCAACCAAGCGAGCCACAAAAGAAGCAAUAAGCCAUAUCCGAAGGAUAUAUACUCGCAGGUCAGGCCCAAAUCGGAGAAUAUUCCCCACAAAAGAGAGGACACCACCCCGCAGCCAUACGAAACCGUUAUGUUUUGAGUCCAUUUCGUGUAAAAACAAACGUAAACGUAAACGCAAAUGUAAAAAUCGAUAAGCCACACGCAGCCAACGCGAACGUGUCCGUGUCCGUGUCCGUGUACGUGUCCGUGUACGUGAAAGUGUCUGUGUCCCCGGGUCCGUGUAUAGGAGAGCAGCAGUGCCGAGGAUUGACCCAAAACGUGGCUCCAACUUCAACUUCAACUCCAACUUAAUGACGGAUACGGGUCUGGGUCCCAGGUCUGGCAACAAAUCAAGCGCAGAAAUAUGUAAAGAGGCUGUGAAAUCCGAGGAAUCCUAACCAACAGAAACAGAAACAGAAACAAAAGCAACUGCAAAACCAAACCAAACCAAACCCAAGAAACCCAAGCGAACCCGUAAAACGUGAACCAAAUCUAAAGAAACGAAACAGAAAGCAGAAAAGCAAUCCAUAAAAUGCGAACCCACUAAAAGGAGGAACAAACGGGAGAAGAGACGGCAGUAUGCCCAGUCCCGACAACCUGUACAAGUAAAUCUCUAAGAUACUUUCGGCGAGCCAAAUCUAUUUUCACAUGCGUCAUCAGUUCUUGCGAAAUAAAAUCAGCAACGUUUCCUUUCCGCUUUGCCACAAACGAAUACCCCUCAGACGGUCUUUGCUCGUUCGAAAAUCGAAUCUCGCUUCAGCACUUUACUACCGCUCUGGAUCGACCUGAUCCGACAUCCAACGCUCCUCCAGCAGCCUAUACUAAGCCCCAGCCUCACAGCUGCCUUUGCCGCUGCCUCUGCUUCUGCCCCUGCCUUCAGCUUUACCCCUUCCGCUUCCGUUAGCCAAGAUGCCGCGUUGCCUGAUAGCGAAGAAAUGGAAGGCUUAUCCCUGGCUGGAUCGGUCCGAGGACAAUACACAACAGCCGCAGCAACAGCAACAGCAACAGCAGCAGCAGCAGCAGCAGCAUCAGCAGCAGCAAAAUGCCACAAAUACAUCGACUACUUCCAGAGAUGAAGAUCUGUCGCAUCUCAAAUCGCGUCGCUCCACCCUCGACGAUGACGAGGAGAUCGAUGUUGUGGGCGAUAAAUUUCUGACCAAGUUGGAAAAACAACGCACAACCAUUGCCUCAGUAGCAGCAACAGCAGCAGGAGCCACCGCCGCAGAAGCCACAAAUAACAGCAACAGCAACAGCAACAGCAGCAACAGCAACAACAGCAACGAGAGCACAACAGCAACAGUGACAGCAACAACCACGACAUCGGCCAAGUGCUGGGGUCCAAGCUCCCCCACGGCGGGCACCACGGCGCCCAGUCCGCCACCCCACUCGCCGGAGGCGGCGACGCGAGUGGCCAGCAAUGUUUACAACGGCUACACCCGCGAACUGUCCCCGCUGCACUACACCGCGUACCUGCCCCGAAUGGAGAGCGAGAUCACCGUCAUCCGUGCCGCGGCCACAGCCCUGGUGGCAGCCGCCUCCGGCAACGGAAGCAGUCCCGCCGGAGAUCAGCAUCUGGCUUCGUACCAGACACCGCCGUCGUCCACCACAUCGUCGCCCUCGUGCUCGCCCAGCGGCGCUGGCGAUCGGAUGGUGGACCGCUACAGUCCGCACAUCAAGAUGGAAACCGGCCAGACAUCGAGUGAGCGCAAGUGCUUCAGCAGCACGGGAGCCACACUGUCGCUGCCCCCCAAGAAGAAGGACAUUUACCGGCCGUACUCGCUGGACGACAAGCCGACGCAUGGGUACCGCAAGCGGAUCCCGGCCGAGGAGGACCUGCACGCGGCCCAUGCCAUAUUGGACCUGAGCGCCUCGACCGCCUUCCAUCCGCCCACGCAGCCACACCAGCUGCAGCAGCAGCAACAGCAACAGCAGCAGCAUCAACAGCAUCAACAGCAUCAACAGCAUCAUCAACAGCAUUCGCAUCACUUGCCCCUGCAGCAGCAGCAGCAGCAGCAGCAGCACGCUCUGGUCCACAACCACUCCCACUCCCACUCCGCGUCCUUCGAGGCGCAUGCGCAUCUACGGAGCACGUCAUCGAUUGCCGAAUUGGCUGCUGCAGCCAGCGCGGUGAACGAACAACGCCCCUCGAGCAACGCCUCGAGUGCCAGCUCCCAGCACGCGAUGCCCAGCAGCCCGGCCAGCAGCAGCCACGGGAGCAUCCUCAGCUGCAGCGGCAGCGGCAGUGGCAGCAGCGUGCAAAACGAGAACAGCAACACGACCAACACGAACCAGGACUGCGACGGCGGGUCGGUGGACGGGGAGGCGGGCGGCACGCAGGCGGCCAAGACGGUGGCCUACACCUACGAGGCCUUCUUCGUGAGCGACGGCCGCUCCAAGCGGAAGCAUGUGGCAGAUCCGGCCGCCGUGGUGGUGCAGGACCAGCAGAAGACCAAGUACACCUGCUCCGAGUGCGGCAAGCAGUAUGCCACAUCAAGCAACCUGUCGCGCCACAAGCAGACGCACCGCUCCCUGGACUCGCAGUCGGCCAAGAAGUGCCACACAUGCGGCAAGGCGUACGUGUCCAUGCCGGCCCUGGCCAUGCACGUGCUGACGCACAAGCUCUCGCACAGCUGCGGCGUCUGCGGCAAGCUCUUCUCGCGCCCCUGGCUGCUCCAGGGCCAUCUGCGCUCCCACACCGGCGAGAAGCCGUACGGCUGUGCGCACUGCGGCAAGGCCUUCGCGGAUCGCUCCAACCUCCGCGCCCACAUGCAGACGCACUCCGUCGACAAGAACUUCGAGUGCAAGCGCUGCCACAAGACGUUUGCGCUCAAGUCGUACCUCAACAAGCACCUGGAGUCGGCCUGCCUCAAGGACGAGGAAGAGCUGAUGAUGGCCAUGUCGCUGCACGGCCACGGCGGCGACAGCAACAGCGAGAGUGGCGCCAGCAUGGCCUCCUCGCCCCCGCACGAGUUCCUCGAGCGCGUCAAAGUGGAGUGCCCCAAUGGCGGGGCAGGAUCAGGACUGGGUGGCAACACCUAUGCCAUGUAAUGCGGGAAUGUAAUGUUGAGUAAGUUGCAGCAAUGGCUGCAGGAUGGCAGAGCUGCAGGAUUGCAGGACUGCAGGGCUGCUGGACUGCAGGGCUGCAGUGCUGGUUAGUUAAUUUACCGUUAAUGUUAAAGUUACCGUUACCAUUUACAACUAGGCUAACCGAUAGCAGUUUUUUUUAUAGAAUACGAAUACGAUGCAUACAUCACAAUACGUCCAAAAGCAAAGUGUAGUAGAGUAACACAGAGACUGUAGAAAAUCGCAUUAGACACGUUAGGCAGCAAAACGACAAGAAAUCGAACAAAAAAACCAACAAACAAACAAAAGCAAACACCUAACCAAUCCAAUCUGGUUCUUCUUAGAAAGUAAAGCAUUGAAGAGUUGAACAUUCCUAGCCCCACAUUCCAUAUAUAUAUACAUACAUAUAUAUAUAUAUAUACACGACACACACGAAUACACACACACGAAUACACACACACACAGAGAGCCUUGUGUAUGAGGUGCUAUACCGAAUGCAUUCCGUAAACCUGAACAAAACUAAGUAAUUCUAUGCCAGAGCGCAGCUAUCUAAUCUAUCCAAACUACUACUUACCAAAGCAUACAUAUAUACUGGUAUAUACUGAUAUAUCUAUAUACUAUAUAGAGUGUACUAUAUAAUCUGUAGCUGAUGCAAAAGCAAGUUUUUAAUCUCCAAAACUCUCUCUCUCUCUCACACUCUCUCUCUCUCUCUAAGUCUAUAACUCUCCAAGGACACUCUCCCUAGCCCAAACCCUAACCCUAGCCCUAGCCCUAACCCUAAAUCUAACUGUAGCUAUAGCUCGAGGAAAAUAUCUCUCUAUCUCUCUAAAUCUAACUCUAACUCUAACUCUAAAGCUAAACACUAACUCUAACUCCUUAAUCGACAACGUGACGAAGACGAAGUGAUUAAAAUUAAUGCAACGAAUUACAAAAGCAAAUGCAAUGUUUCUCAAACAACGAAUUAGGUCUUAAGGGCAGCCUAUCUAUAAGCAGAUAUUACGAGUGGUGGCCCCACUCGGUGGGGGGCUACCUACCAAACAAACAAUUUUAAACUAAGUCACCAAAACUAAGAGCAACUGAACGGGCAGUAGCCGGACAUUUAAGCACUCAAAGAUUUUUAGAUUCGAUAUUAACAACGACACAAAACAACUUACAAACAAAUUAAUCAAAAAUUGAAUACAAAACUAACGAAACGCAAAGCAAUAUUAGCCAGGUAUUGGAAUCGGUUCGACAGGAGGGUUUUCCGAAUGCGAGCCGGCUCCGUCACCCUCAUAUUAACCCUUGUAGAAAGCAUCAUCACGUUAACACAUAAAUAUACAUAUAGGUAACGUCCCUCCCCGUCCCCAGUCCCCCGAACCCAUUAGUUCAUUCCGAUCUCAUUUAAGGCUAGAAGAGCAUGGCAGAGGAGGGGAUUUCUGACUUUUGGGCUGACUUUUCAUUUUUCCCAGUUUAAGAGGUUCCCACAGUUUCCCAGUUGCCCGGAAAGGCUCCAUUUAUAUCCAACGAGCAUACGUUUUAGUCAAUUAGCAUUCCAAGACCCCAGAAGGAGAAACAGGGGGGAAAACAAUUAUUUAUUAUAGAGAAUACUCACGAUUAAAGUGAACAUCUAGUCGCUGUCCAACAGCAAAACCAAAAACCUAUAAUUUCUAUCGAUUGAUUAUAUCGAUUGAACGAACCAAAAAAAACAAAACCAAAACCAAAGCCAGUUUCCAGUUCCCAGUUCCCUGUUUUCAAACCAAGUUAUAAAAGUAAAGAACAUUGCAUUCAGUUAGAGGCCCAAUUAGGAGUACAGCCAGCGACCAAGACCAAAGAAUCGUAUCGUAUUCGAUCGCAUUAAGAGCGCCCCUCUCAAUAACAGAAGCGAAUAUAUCGAGUAUCGAAUACCGAGUAUCGAGUGUGAUCUAGUCUCAAUCUCAAGCAUUUAACAGUACACUUCGUCCAUGCGUGAAUAAUACUUUGCACUUUUCAACAACUUAACCGACCUAGUACGAUAUUACUUAACCCAACAUUAUGUAACUGUAACUCAAUAUACGUUUCAUUCGAUCAUUCCAUCAUUCCAUUCCAUCACUUAUUCAUUCGUUCAUACAUACACUCAUACCCACACAAGCUCACCCACACAAACACACUUAUACACACACACACACACACACACACACAUCAUAAAUAACGAAUAACAAAUCGCUGCACAAAUUCUGUAAAUAUUAGAACUUAAUUCAUUUACAUUUUACAUACAUACAUUUAUAUAUACACACACACACACACACAUUAUAUAAUCAACUGAAAUCAGCUUCAGCAACCGAUCUCAAUGAUGAAGACGAAGUGGGGGAAUAACGAAGUGCAACGAACAUUUUGUAGCCAUAGUUGUAGCCAAGUUUAGAGCGACCCAGAGCCGAAAACACACCAAACCCAGUUGUUGGUAUGUCUAAGCGGGGAAAGAGGACGAUAGAAUUCUAUAUAUAUAUACAUAUAUAUAUAUACAUACAUCUAGAAUACGUAUGUAGUUGCGUAAUAUUUACAAAGCAUAUACAUAUACAUACAUAUAUACACUUAUAGGGUAUAGUAUUCAGAUAUGUACGCGUAAGUUAAACUAGUAUAUAAUCACGAAAUUAUUUUUAUACUGUUGAUUGGACGAGGAAUACGAAGAAGGUGGAGAAUGAUUAGGAGGAGGAGGAGGAGGAGGAGGAGGACAAAGACGAGGGAGAUGCGAGAGGUGGCAACAACCCUUUUAAGCAAUAAUAUUAAUCGAAUCGAAUCGAAAUCGAAAUCGGCUAAAGUACCAAAGCAAUACUCAAAAACGAACCCCAUGCAAAACGCAAAACAAACUACAAUUAUUUCAAUUAAAAUUACAAUUAACUAUAUUUAAUAUACAUAUACCUAGUUACUUAGGAAUAGUAGUCUAUUAUUUAUGAUCUAUUUAUUUAUUUUUUUUUUUUGGUAAUCGAUGAAAAUGAAAAGAAAAAUUUAAAUCGAAAUUGAAAUGGAAACAAUAUAAUGAAUAUUUAUGAAAUUUGCAUUAUGAGAAUGUUGAAUUGAAAUUGAAUUGAAGUCCGGCAAUAAUAUUAAAUUUUAAAAAUUUUGUAUAACAAUUGUAUAGAGCGCGAGUCGAGAAAAGAAAAGAAACGGAAAUGGAAAUUGGAAAGGAAAGGAAAUGAAAGGAAAGCAAUAACUUAGCUUAACAAGCAAACGAGUUAAUCGAUUAUUAGUCUUAGUACAUAUACUGUAAGGUUGAAACUACUUACAAUUAGCAAUCGCAGCACACACUUGUACUAUAAACGAAAGGUAAACCCAAAACCCAAAACCACGAAUAUACAAAAGAGUAAAACAAAAAUAUAAAGUUAAAGAAAUAUACAAUACAUAUUAUAUGCUUACACUUUACAUGCAAAACAAUGUUUUUUAUUUAUAAACUAAUUCUCAAUAUGCUUUGAAUAUAGUUUCCCUGAUUUUUCUGGACUCUGUGUGUAUUUGUUUCUUGUGCAUUUUGAUUAUUUCUUCAACAAUUAUUGUGCUGAGUGAUUUUAGAUGGAAAUACAGCCGUAAGAAGGGAAGAUGAAAGAUGAACCCAAAGCAAUUCGAAUAUUGUGAUAGCCCACACACACACACACACCCACACGCACACAACUGACAAACACACACACACGAGAUUCAUUAAUUUUGCUCAAAGGAUAUUGGAAAAUAACGAGAAAUCAAAUUCAUAUUGAGAUCCAGAAACUAUACAUAGCAUAACGUGUAUCGAAAAGCAAUAAAACGUAGUGGUAAAAGAUAUACAUACAUAGAGUAUAACACUUAGGGGAUUCGAGUGCAAGCCGGGGAGCAGAAGAGGAAUAUUUUGAGAUUUUUAACUAAAGCUAAAUAGUAUACAAAAUACAAAUACAUACUAAAUACGAGUAUAAAUAUACAUAGGUAUUUACGAAUACACAUCCAUUUGGAAAAGCUUUAAUCCAAAUUUUGGCUAUCGAUGGGGGAGUAUGGAGAAGAAUGAAAGCGAAACCCGUUUCAGUUGUCCAAUCACGCUCAUACGCACACACACACACACACACACAAACGCAUGUUAUGGGUUCUCUCCAGGAUCAUGAUGUACUGUUAUACAAAAGGAAAUUGUUAAAGUUGAUACAUUUUUAGCAUAGUAUUUAGCACACACACACACACACACACAGAACACCACACCACACCACACACCCACUGAGACAUCAGGCACAACUGUACAUACUCGUACGUAAUCGGAACCAGAGCGCAACCUGGAAAUGCAAUUGUUGAAAUUGUUCAGUAUUUGUGGCAUUAGGUUCAUGAUCCAUUGUUUCCAUUAUCUGUUGCUGUUGCUGUUGCUGUUACUGUUGCUGACAACCCUACGCCCCAUUCCGCCUCCGCCUCUGCCUCUGCCUCUGCUGUUGCCUCUGCCUCUGCCACGCUGGGCGGCAGCAACACAAUGUUGUGCUGUCCUUUUUUGUGUCAAUGCAGUUUAACGAGCGCUCGUUAGGCGUACUCGAACAAAGGGGAAAUGUAAUAAAAAGAGGAACAGCACCAUGAAUGAGAGAGCACGAGAGAAUGGUAAGGGGAAAGGGAAAAGGAAUGGGAGAGGAGAGGAGAAAGGAGCGGUGCCAUUGCCAUGCCAACACUGGUCCAGCACUGCGUCAGUCAGCACGUGGCCCACACUGUGUCCACAGGGUCCACAACUCAUUCCACACAGAAGCGAAGAAGGCAAUGGGCGGUGGGCGGCGGGCGGCGGGCGGCGGGAGCAGGGGGAAAUCACUAACGUUAGGGUGAUGCAGUGAGCAUUUGAUUCGAAAAUUUAAUUUGCAUUCAGCGUGAUUUAUUUAUUUACUUAUCCAAUACUCGAACACACACAUACACACACCCACACACUCGCUCACACAAAAAAAGCAAUGUAUAAAUAAUUGGGCAACCAAAAACAAUGAUUAACUAUUAGCAAAAACAAAAGCAAAACAAAUUAAAAAGACUUGGCACGUUAACACUAAUAAUUCAAGAAUUGAACAUAAACUAAUAAGAAAUUCGAAAAAUCGACAAUUCGAAAAAUUGAAAAAUCAAACAACCAAAAGCAGAAACAACGAAUAAACAGCAAGAACAAAAAUGAAAGACUUAACACUUUGAAAAUAUAUAGCAUAUAUUAUGAAUCGGAAAUGGAGAGCAAUACGAGGAAGCAAAACUUAUUUACAGCUAUUGUAUAUGGUAUGGUAUAAUAAUAGAGAAGACGAAACGAAUAAAAAAAAACAAAAACAAAAACAAAAAAAACAGAAUUAACGAUAAAAGCAAUACAACAGAAACAGCAACAAAAGCAAAAGCAGAAGCAAUAGAGCAUUAAGGUAACUCAAAAGUAUUAAAUCGCAUGUAUCUAUGAGUAAAUAUUUGGAAUUCGUUAUAUUAUUGCGAUAAGUAAGCGAAACCCCGAACAUUUAUGGCACUAUACACUAUAGCAUAAUAAAGAAUCUAUAUAUAUAUACUUAUAUAUAUAUAUACGAGUAUAUACCUAGUUUACAGAGAAAACGAAUGAAAAUAUGCAAGAGAGCAAACCAAAAAAAAAAUAAGAAGAAGAAAAAGAAGAAGAAGGGAAAAAUAAACAAUUACUAAGAAUUAAUUAAAAGCCGUAGGGAUUUUGGAUUUAGCUGGCAUACGAUGAAUUGAACGAUUUAACGAUUAUUAGUUAUCGAUAUACAGAUACAUAUAUUAACGGUAGAGUUGUUUUUUGCAUAUAUUGUUAUCGCAACUUUUGUGCUGCUUGACGAGACCAAUUGAUGUACUUUAUACAACGAAAACGAAAAUGAAAAUGAAAACCCAAAAAACCGAAAAAACUGAAUGAAAAACCGAAAAACCAAUGAACAAAAACUCAUCUUAUGUUUUUGCAUAGGUGCAUUGUUGCGAUAGAUACGUAUAUACAAAACCUAUUUUGAUCGACUAUACUGCAGAAAUACACACCACACAGAUACAGAUACAGAUACAGACGCAGACACAGUCGAUACGAUACAUAGUUGAAAGAGUUACUGCGUAGAAAAUAAAUCAUUUUAUCCUGUAUUUAGAGCACUAAACACACACACACACAGACAGCCAGACAACUGUAGAAUUGUAGAAAAGUAGAGUUGCAAAUUAUUAUUAAAAUGAGACAAAAGCGAGACAUAAAUUUAAGCUUACGAUUAGACUAUGACUAAAACAAGAACACAGCACAUUAGAGAGCCAGCAAAGAAUUCUGUACCUAGAACUACAACAGCAGACAGACACAAAUGAAACACAAGAAACACACACACACACAUAAUUAUGUAUUUUAUUGCAUUGUAUCGAUUAAUAAUCGAAUAUAUACAUUGAUAUAUAUAUAAAGCUAUGAAUACAAGUAUAUACAAUACUAUACAUCAUACACACAUGAGCAAAAAUGCGUUUAUUAUGCGAUAUAUACAAUACAUUCUAAAUUAUAAAUGACAUGCAUAAUGUAUAUGACAUUCAUGUGCAUCAUGCAGACACACAACACAGACACACACACACAUAACAUAGGAGGUCCUGGCACUGUCCGUCACUGUCGAAUCGGUUACGACAUUUGCCAGGGGCCUCUGCCCUCGAAAGUCAAUUUUACCAAAUGGUCAAUUUCCAAUUACAAAGAAAGCGAAUCGUUUCAUGUUUUUCAGUAGUUUUUAUGAUAAGUUGUUGAAAAAUCGAGCAGCUAAUUAACCGGAGAAGGUGAUCGAGGAAGAAUGAUCGAUGAUCAAUGAUCGAUGAUCGAUGAGAGUGGAAUCUAGAAUUUACCAAAAAGUCUUCAGUUUGAUUGCGUGGUUUCCAUUCAAGUGCGACAAGUACUCGACAAGUGCGUACAAUAUACGAUACAUACACAUAGGUACAUACUAUAUAUGCAUAUAAACACCUUAUAUACGAUAUAUUUUGUACUUAACCAAUUGAUUUGUAUAAUCCACACACCCACACACACACAGCACACCCACACACACACACACACACACACCCAAACACUGGAAACAAUCGAAGCACUCGAAAUACCAGGCGAAAUGGCUAAUCAAUGCAUAGUUACUAACGAAAAGAGAAAAAAAAAACCC